AUGAACCGCGCCCCAGGCCCAGUCCGUUGGUUCAGUCUGUGCCUGGCCCUUGGCGCCUGCCUCUGCGUUUGGUUCGGCCUGCUGCUGCCGUCCAACAAGCUGGCCGUCUCGAUGGCUUCUGCUGACCGCCCGCCUCGCGCCGUCAUCGUUUCUCUUGCUCACGAGCACGACCUGCGUCCAAUUCUCUCGUCCAUCUCCCAACUCGAGGAAACAUUCAACAGCCGUCACCGCUACGACUGGGUCUUCUUCAGCACUCGUCCUCUGAGCGAGCAGUUUCGGCGUCUCACCUCGAAUGCCACCAAGGCCGCCUGCCUGUACGACGUCAUUGACAAUGCGCACCCGAGCGUGCCAGGUGAUGCUCACGACCCCCAGCUGGAUGCCCAGUGUUCGGUGAUGGAGAGAGACGACGACCCCUACGAGGCGACGCCCCUCGCUCGUCGAAUCCGUCGUUGGAAAUCCGGUGCCUUUGCCAAGGAGAACAGACUCAAGGGCUACGACUGGUUCUGGAUUGUUGAGCCAGGUGCCCAGUUCAACCACAACAUUGACUUUGACGUGUUCCGCGUCAUGCGCCACCACGGCAUCGCCUAUGGCUCCAACAAGGCCGGCGUGGACGGCGUCCACUUGCGCAAACUGUCGCGGCACGUCAGAAGGUUUGUUGACGAGAACCCAGGACUCGUGCACGCCGAAGCCGACAUCUCGUGGCUGCUGGGCUCUGGGGAUGGGGGCCAAGGCGCCGCUGAUGACUUCGACCCCGAGGCAGGGGACGCCAUCGUGGCGCAAGACUACGAGGCUCUCCAAGAAGGCCUCGCAGAGUCCUUUGCAACGGGCGGGUGGCAGGGUGAGGGCGGAGACGGAGACAAUGCCGGCGCUCCGAUAGAGGUCUUUGCUUCGCGGCUGGGCAGCAUUUACAGGAGUAGCCUGUGGCCGGCGUUUGAAAUUGGAUCGUUGGCCUUCUUGCGUAGUCAGAGUCACCAGGCCCUGUUCGAGCACCUUGACAAGGCCGGCGACCUCUACUACCGUGGAUUCGGCCAAGCAUCGACGCCCACGCUCAGCGCGAGCAUGUUUCUUCCGCAGAAGAGCGUGCUGCGUAUCCGAGUACGAGACAAACGGUACGCCCGGGGGCCGAGCCCGCCCGACUCGACGCCGAAUCCGAAACUUAACCUGGCCCGUAUUGUUAGAGACAUCAAAGCGGCAUCAGCCGGAGCCGUGGAUCAGCGAGAGGCGAUGCUGCUACGCGAAGCCAUGGCCGACUGGCAGGCCUUUUGGGAGCUGGUUGCAGUCGAGUUUGACAGGCAGGGACGCAUGCCCGACCUGCAGUCUGGAAACACGGUGGUUGACGAGCGGAACUUUCAACUUGACAAGUCGAAGCCCAAGCCCAAGCCCAAGCCCAUUAGGCUGGUAUACCGCAUGGUCGACUAUCGGGGGCUCGGGCCUGUGGCAACUCCGCCGAGAAGACAGCCAAAGUCGGUGAUGCUGAUGUAG